AUGUCACACCAUCACAAUCAGGAGGGCAGCAUGUGCAGAGAUCAGGAAUGCAGGAAUCAAAAUAGACCUUCCAUAGCCUACAAACGAAACAUUACUAGAGAUCAGACAACUAAAAUGAGUGUCCAUCAUGACCUUCGGGAAUUGCAAGAUCGUCGGAGGCCGGCAAAUCGAAGGUCGCUCUACUGCAUCUUCAUUUGUCUGGUAGCUGUUGCAAUGUGCUGGAUGUGCAAUUCAAUUUUUGCGUACAAUGUUGCUUCCAGAUCAGAAUCUGAGCAACGUGCAGUCGGGAUAUUGUCACGAAUAGACGAUUUCUCAAAGCAGAAAGAAAGAGAACCUCGACAAUUCUCUCAGACUUUGGAUAUUGCUCCCUUUGCCUCGAAUAGAAGUAUUGUUCUGAUCCACGUGGGAAAGGCCGGAGGCUUGACCAUACGAGAAAAUUUGGCUCAUACCUGCAACUUUGUUGGUUUCGGAGGCUCGCUCAAGAGGCAGGAGAGGAAGCGACAAAAGUGCAAGGAUCGCCUCAACAGAAAUGGGGGACUCUCCCUGCAGACCCAGUCAGUUUUUCAUGGCCAAGACUACAACGGCACCGCCGUCAAAGAAAGCACAACCUUUGUUAUCACAUUACGGAAUCCAAUUGACCGAAUUGUGAGCGCUUACCGUUAUUCACAUCCAAGCAACUGCAUUGGAAACAACGAGACAGAUUCCCCAGAAUACAAUAUUCGAGGAUGUCAGCUCCUAAAAGAAGGCCUGCUGGAAACACGAGCAGGAUUCAAAAUCUUCAAGCAAUGCUUCCCAGAUCCCGCAAUGGAGGACUUUGCACAGAUCUUGAUGAAUCCCUACAAAGCUAGUCGUCACAUGCAAACCCUUCCAAACAGAGAAAUCAGAGAAUGCCACAGGAUAGCCAGGGGCUUGCUAGCAGGGAUUGCAAUGGACAACAUAAUUCCGCAUAUGCAGUACACCUACAGACACUAUUUUUCCAACACAAUCCUUCUCUAUCCCGAGAAAGAAGUCUUUGGCAUUAGAACAGAGCAUCAAUUCGCAGACAUGGAGCUGGUUGACAAAUGGGUUGGAGGCAAGGGCAAAGCUUGGAAUCGCGACAAUCCAUUUACUCAUGGAAGCCAACAUUUUGCACCCUCGCCGUUGUCCGUGGAGGCCACGAACAAACUGUGCUGUACAUUGUCAAGUGAAAUUGAAGUCUACCUGGACAUCUUUGACAAGGCCAUCAACCUGGACCUUGCCGCCAAAAGGGAAGCCGAGGAUAGGCUGCGACAGCAGUGUGGCUUGUCGACGGACGUAUCGUGGAGAGAGUGGCAAACGUUAUGCGAGAUUGGACUUUCCGAGAGCAUCGAAUCGAGCUUGGAGAAUACGACGGCUCUACCGACAUACUCCUUUUAUCCUCAGCAGGCUGAAGUGGCACAAAACCGUUCGAUUGUCUUGGUGCACGUGGGCAAAGCGGGGGGCAUGACGCUACGAAACACCUUAGCUUUCCCUUGUGCAACAGGGAGGCUCAUUGGUUCUUCGCCUCUGGAAGAACAGCAGGAAAUAUGCACCAAUAAGUAUCAGUUGGGUCAACGAUUGUCUCUUCAAACUCGGAGCGUAUUCCAUGUGGACGAUUACGACCCUGUUGACAUGAAGAAAGCAACAACCUACUUGUUCACUUUGAGGAACCCUGUGGAACGAGUUAUUUCCGCCUAUAGAUUCUCCCACCCAGAUAAUUGCGGUUAUGGCAACAACACCGAUGACCUGAUGCGGGGAUGCACUGUUAUCCAGUACGGCCACCUUGACAAUCCACUAGACAUGGCGCAAUGCUUCCCUAGCGCCGCCAUGGAAGACUUUGCUCAGAGCUUGAUUCCACCGUGGAGACCAACUCCGAGCUUUCAAAAUCUGACACAAGACAAAAUCAACGAUUGUAGACGAUACGCACUGGCGAUGGUGCAGAGAAGUUCCGUGGAGGUUGCCAUUCCUCAGAUGCAUUUCAACUAUCUGUAUUAUUACUCUGGCAGCGUGAAAAAAUUUCCUGACAAGGAAGUUUUUGCAGUACGAACAGAACAUGAAUGGGAGGAUAUUGUCACAAUUGACAAAUGGAUUGGUGGCACGGGGAAAUAUCCCGGCCAGGGUGGUGCCCACACACAUGGAAGUGAGCACUAUCGCCCAUCGCCACUAUCGGAAGAAGCUUACCACAAGCUUUGCUGUGUCUUGGCAAGCGAAAUCAAAAUCUACUUUCAUUUGUAUGAUUUGGCUUUGAAUUUGGACGAAGCAGCCAAGCUUGAAAGUGAAGACAUCCUUCGUGAGAAGUGUGGCAUUCCAGCUUCCACCUCCUGGACAGAGUGGAGGAAUGGGUGCAAUCAGCGACUAGCAGACGUGGAUUCGGAAAGAUCGGUUGCAGUGUUGACUGCUGAAGAGGAACGAACUCUUGAUGAUCGCUUGGCCAAAGAGGCCGAGUUGAAGUUUUCCACUGGGGAUUUGGACAAAGGACGAUACUAA